CGAAGAAAUAUAAAAAUAUAAAUAUAAACGACUUUUUUCAAACAAGAAGGGAAACUAAUAAAAAAAUUAUUUAAAGUACGAUAUAAAGGAGCCAAAGUGUAUUAAAUGGAAAGUUUUUGUUCAUUGAUACGAUUUUCAAGUGAAAAAAACUCGAGUAACCAGAGUAAAAUGAGAAGUCAUAAAUCAAAAAAGAGAAAAAAUUGCCAAAGAUUGCUUCGGAGAACUAAGUUUUACAGUUCAUGACUAUAAAAGCGUCACCCAUCUUCAAUCGGCAGUAAGAGAAAAAGAACAUGGGUAAUCAUCCACAGACCGGGAAACUGCUGUUUCUGUCAUGUCUGGCUACCGCGUUAUUAGUACCUUUAGGAACUCUUGCAGUUGGUCACAAAGACAUCCCACUUUCUGUUGGGUUGGUACAUCGCAGCAAGCGAACCAUGACUACGAUAUGCGUCGAGAUUACGCCAAGUAGUUCGCAGGAUGAGCCCUAUUAUAUGUGCCGGGAUCCUAACUUCGGUGGCGAGAAUGUACAGCAAAAUUGUGUGGAGGUCAGAAACCAAGGCGCCCAGGGAGAGCCGUUUUAUAUGUGCCGAGAAGUGGAAUCCACAACUCUCGGUGCUAGGAAGCGUUCCCACCCAGGAUUUUCGACACCUUUAAAUUUUCAUGACGGAAUAAAACAUGAUUCCGGUCACAACUUUCCGUUCUUUCCCGCAUUUGAUGGCUGGUCAACUACCAAUAAGCACGACCAUCCGGCGCGCUCAACGACAUAUCAGGAUAAGCCCCACCAUCAUCCUCUUUCUCAACAGCAACAGCCCCACGCCCAUUACAGGUUCUACGGAACCCACUUGGUUGCCCCUUCGUCUGCACCUUCAGUGACGUCGUAUGGUUUCCCAAAAUUUUCUCAACCAAUCGUGGACAGUCCGCCAACCAAUUCUCCAGGAAGCUUACCUGGACCGGGCGCAGCGGCCACGACCCCUUCGCAUGAUACUGAAGAACCUGUGCAGAUUUCGAAUGUCAGAAACAAGGAAAGAAUAGUCGGGCACAAUCAGCGUCGGUUUAAUUUUGAAAAUGAUAUUCUGGCCGUGACGGAUGAGGUGUUUCAGCGAGACAAGCUCAACCAAGAACUCGGCAGACCAAGAAAGCAAGCCUAUCCUGAGGAUCAGUUAAUGCGGGUGUCCCUGUCAGAUACGGAGAAACCCGAAAAUGAUCCGGUUAUGAAAGCUUUUUAUAGCAGUUUGGCAGGUGCGGAAGUCGUGGCACAAGCUGGUAACAAACCGGCUUAUGUACCAAUAGAACCGACGGGUGAAAUGGCAUCCAGAUACAGUCCAUACGAAAUCCAAUACCUAGGAGCCUCUGCUUCACCAUCGCUGUCACCACCUCCUUCAACAUACUCUGAAGCUGAACUCUCAAAUGCCCCCAACCAAUACUGCAGUGGACAUAGUACCUCAGUUCCCACUUUUCAUUGCCUAACUCAGCCGGAUAAACGGGUAAGCCUCAGAAGCUCUUGUCCAAGUUUCCAGCCAGUUAUUAUAACCAUGCCUUGCUACGGCCAACGGCAGCCAGCGCCAUAUAUCGAUCUGCCGAGAACCCAACCUGAAAUAGCAAGAAGUCAAUCCAUGGUCAUUCCCUUUGGUGUUGAUCAGGGUCCUAUAAUAAGUCCAUUCGAAUUGGGCUUUGGGUCGGGUAGCCAGUUUGGAAGUCCUUUUGGCAUGAAACCUCAAAUAGGAGCCCAGGAAUAUGACAUGGAACACCAGGUGGGUGCCCCCUUCGGCAUGGGAAUGCGAUUCGGCAUGGGUUGGAACCCCUUUGGCCCAUUUGGAACGCUUAACCCCUUUAACCACUUCAACAGAAUCCUAGGAGGGCCGACUGCCAGCGUUUUAGCACCCAAACACAUUCAGCGGGUGUUCAAUAUUAAUCAUGACGAUAAAGUUAGAUUGACCACAGAAACAGCACCGCACUCAGAAGCACCAACCGCAAUAUCAGUAAAACUGCACUUUUCUAGUAGCACUCCGACGCCUUUCACACCAGAACACCCUAACCCCAUUUUGGGCACUCACCAUGACAGUUUCGAGGAUGAAGACCUUCAUGAAGAUUACAAGGCGGAGACCACACCCCUCCCGGUAUUGGAGGCAAACGAUUCCACCCCUGAAAUUCCGGGCAUCGUAAGCAAGGCUGCGGAUCUUCUUAAGCCCAAACAACGCAAGCGGCACAAUUCUCGCUCUAUUGGACGCAUCUCCCAAAAACAAAGAUACCUUCAGCAGUUGUAGCAGCUUUACAUGUAAAUGGUUCCCUAACAAUGAAUAAAGUGGUAUUUCUAUUUCCAAAGAAGAAUGGUAGGAUCAGAAUCUAAACCAAAACACAAUUUUUUGCGUUUUCAAAAGAAAAUCGAAAGAACGAUUUGAUAGCUUAAGCAGUAGCUCGGCUAAUAGUUUAUGUUGGUUAUGUUUCUGAGCAUAUAAAGUAUUUAUAUUCUUGAUCAGGAUUACAAACG